CCAUUCUAUAACUGGUUUAAGGUUUGUUUACAACGUCGACUAAUUAUUGUUGAGUGGUUUGUUUACAACGUCGUCUAAUCGGUUCGUUGUUCAAUCGCCAAUCGGUGUCUCCCCUAUCACAUCUUAACCUAAACCUAUAAUAUAUUUGCAAUUUAGAAAAUAAAUGAAAGUGAUAGAAAGAUUAGAAUGUGAAAUAUAAACUACUCGUAUUUGCAGGAUUGGUACGGUAUUGUGCUGUAAUUUUACUUUCAUAUUUUAUUUUUAGAAUGUGCUAAUAGUUUUGUGUAACUUAGUGCUUCGUGCUAUUUUCUUUGGAAUAUUUUAUUUGCAAAUAUGAGGCGACGUGCAGGAAUGGGCGCAGUUCAUAAACAGAAGCUGGAACAAGAAAAAUACAAAAAUAAGGGAAGCGAAUUACAAGAGAGCCAACUGGAACAAAUGUCAAAACAACUUGAAGUUUUUCGAAACAAUCUGGAAGAAUUUGCAGGGAAGCAUAGAAAUGAAAUCAAGAAAAAUUCCACUUUUCGUAGACAGUUUCAAGAAAUGUGUGCUUCUAUUGGUGUUGAUCCUCUUGCUUCUGGAAAAGGAUUUUGGUCCGUGUUGGGUAUAGGAGAUUUCUACUUUGAGUUGAGUGUUCAAAUUGUGGAAGUAUGUUUAGCUACUAACUUCAAGAAUGGUGGACUGAUAAGUUUGGAUGAGUUGAGACAACGUCUGAUCAAAGCUCGGGGACGAAGUAAGCAGCAUCAGGAAAUAACUAUAGAGGAUUUGCUGAGUGCAGCAAGGAAAUUACGUAUAUUUGGAAAUGGGUUUUCAAUAGUUCCUAUUGGGAAAGGACAGUACCUAGUACAAUCAGUUCCUGGUGAAUUGAGUAUGGACCAUACCGCAGUGUUGCAGCAGACAGCAAGCCUUGGUAAUGCAAAUAUUUCCAUCAGUAUCCUUGAAACUCAGCUCAAUUGGGAUCAGGAGCGUGCUAAAAAAGCUCUGGAACAUAUGAUUAAGGAAGGACUCUGUUGGAUUGAUAAACAAAACACUGAAGAAUUAUUAUAUUGGUUUCCUAGUAUGUUUUCAGAGUGUGUUUCUGCUCGAUAAGCUUUGAAAAUAAAUAAGUUAGGUGCUAAUA